UGCUACAUCCAGAGAAUGAGAUCCUGUCAGCAGUGCCUACAGACCUGUCUCUACCUUGGUGGAGGUUAUCAGAUGACAGAGGGACGACUCUGCCAGGUUCACCUCCUGGACAACAGGACUCUGGAGCUGCUGGUUCAGCCCAAGCUGUUGUCUCGUGAGCUUUUGGAUUUAGUGUCUUCACAUUUUAAUCUCAAAGAGAAGGAGUACUUUGGCCUUACCUUCGUUGAUGACACUGGUCAGGGGAAGUGGCUGCAACCAGACCGCAGAGUUCUAGAGCAUGACUUCUCCAAGAAAUCAGGGCCCAUUGCCCUCAACUUUCUGGUCAGAUUCUACAUUGAGAACAUUUCCCUUCUGAAAGACAGCAUCACAGUGGAGCUAUUUUUUCUCAAUGCAAAGUUGGCAGUUCACAGUGGGGAUAUAGAAGUGGAAAGUGAACUGGUUUUCAAACUAGCAGCACAUGCUUUACAGGAGGCUAAAGGGGAUUACACAAGUGAUGAGAACACCAGAGCUGAGCUGAAGAAGCUGCCCACAUUUCCCACUAAGGUCCUGAAGGAACACCCAUCCUUGGCAUACUGCGAGGAGAGAGUGAUUGAGCAUUAUAAGCAGCUGAAGGGUCUUUCGCGAGGACAAGCCAUUGUACAGUAUUUGACCUUAGUGGAGUCUGUGCCAACAUACGGCGUUCAUUAUUAUGAAGUAAAGGAUAAACAAGGCAUCCCAUGGUGGCUUGGAAUCAGCUACAAAGGCAUUGGCCAGUAUGACCUCCAAGACAAAGUCAAACCACGAAAGCUCUUCCAGUGGAAGCAGCUGGAGAAUCUAUAUUUCAGAGAGAAGAAGUUUGCUGUGGAGGUGAACGACCCUCACAGGCGAGCUGUGACGAAACGUACUUUUGGCCAGACUGGUCUAGUGAUUCACACAUGGUAUGCAAGUCACUCCCUGAUCAAAACCAUCUGGGUUAUGGCCAUUAGUCAGCACCAGUUCUACCUGGACAGAAAACAGAGCAGAGCUAAGAUGACUGCAGCUAGAAGUUUAGGUGACAUUGCCAAUGACCUCACUGAGAAUGGAGCCUCAAAGAUGAGCAAACUGGGAAAUCUGGGGCUUAAAAACCAGUUGAUUAUGGCCAGUAAUGGGAGUCUUGUGUCAACAGGGUCUGCUGACUCAGAGAUGAGUGAGGAUCAGAAAAAAGAAAAACUUAAUGAGCUACGGAAUAAAGAAAAGGAUAUCCAGAGUGUUUUAUCCCAAAAAAUAGACGAAUUAAAGAAAGUUUGUUUGAGAGAAGCUGAGCUGACUGGCAAACUCCCAAAAGAGUAUCCUCUCACAACAGGAGAGAAACCACCUCGAAUCAGGCGUCGGAUAGGAACCGCUUUCAAAUUGGAUGACCUUUUCCCAUAUAACGAGGAUCCAUACCUGAGGAAUCUAGAGAGUCGCUUUGCUCUGCAACAGAAAAUCGUGGAGGCCGCCAAGAAGCUGGCGGCCGAGCCGGAUAUCUGUAAGAUUGUGAGGAAGAAGAGGAGACGGAACUGCCUGGAUGCUAUGCAGAAGCUCCAGGAGAUUGAAGAGGAGAUGAACCAAUACAGAGUAAAGAAGGGAAAGAAACCCACACAGAGAGCCUCUUUAAUCAUAGCAGAUGAACUAGCUGCUUCAGAGUGCAGUUCUCUGUCUGACAGUGUGCCUCUGGAUGACGAUGAAGAUGACGUGCAGAGACCUCGUUCCCGCUCUGUGCAGUGCUCUCCUCUGCUGAGUCCUCCUCGCUCUGCCGGUCUGGAAUACAACCCUGAGAGGCGAGCCUCCGCCAGCAGCCAGCCCCACGAUAACAGAGCCAUCAACAGAUUAGAUUAUGACUUACAAAGUCAGGGGCUUUACUAUAACCCUCGAGAAAUCUCAUCCACACACAGCAGCCCUUAUAAAACUCUGCCUAGAAUGCCACGGGACCCACGGAGCAUGCCCCAAACUCCUGUCAUGACUCGUAAUGCAUAUAGCAGCAGCCAGCUGAGGUCUGAGGGGAGUGUGCAUUGUUUCCGACACCGUAGUGGCAGCUUGGAGUCCCAGUCUCCUUUCCUGAAAGAGAAUGGUUCAGAGAAACCUGUCUUCACUCUUUCACCUGCCAGACGGAGCACCAGCACUGAAGCUCUGGAUGACUACUCCACCUACACAAGCCGAUCCAGCAUGGAGUAUUGCCCUGUAGCAGGGAGCCCUCACCUCCACACCGCUGAACACAGACCUUACGACUACCGCCACCACAGGAAGGUGGAGGUCUAUGGCAACACGGGCAGUAUGCCCAACCUGGUGCCCAAUAGUUCCAGCUGUGCAUAUACAUACCAGCCCACCCACCCACACUACGCACCCACAUUGUAUUAUGUGUCUGGGUAUCCUAGCCAUGACUAUGAGCCUUACUCCAAUGGGGCUUACGUCUAUGAGAAUGAAAUGGAAGGCCAUUACAAUGUAAACCCCUCUGGUUACCAUGGAAACGGUUACCACAGCGGACACAGCAGGUACAACGGCAGACAUUACGGAAUACAAGGCCCAGACAGUUUUUCACAAAACCCUUACGCCACCAUGAGGCCACCACGGGGCAGGCAGGGUCCUCGUAAUGAACUUUUGGCUAAAAACAUGCAGAAAGCCCUGAUGGUGGAACACUUGCGUGGUUGGUACCAUCGUAGCGCCAUGCACAGAGACCCUGCUCGUUCCCCAGUUUGCUCCUAUGACUAUGACAGAGGAUCUCAACACAGCCUGGGCUACCAGACCAUGCCUGCCCCCUUCAGCCACUCCAGCAGAACAAACUCCUAUUCCUCAGUUUCAUCAACAGCCAGCGGAGGCACUAACUGGCGUAGUAAUUUAGCGGUGGGGUUGUCUGACGGAGACAUGUUGGACAUGUCCUUGACUACCCAGCCUGUGUGUGCUGGAGCAUACAGCACUGCAUAUAGCAAGAACCCCACUGCAAGCAGGUUUCCAGUGGAGUGCAGUCCCUCCAGAGGGGCUGAUGGUUUGUGCCACACCUCUGACUCUGCGGAGGUGUUUGGAGCCACAGGCAGCUGUGUCGAUGAGGAGCAUUAAUGAAGACAGUAUGUUGGGACAAAUGGUGGAGAGCACAAAUGGACACAUCAGAAAAGGACCUCUGUGUUCAGCUUUUCAGAUGUGGAGGACCAAAGGUAACAGUGGCACAGAGAGAGAGAGAGA